AAAAAUUCUUUGGGAACAGAACUAUCCCUAUUGAUUUUGUGCCAGUUAGGCACUAAACUGUAGUUUGUGUCUUGAUUCACUGCUGCCUUGGGGCAAAGACAGGCCAGGAUUAUCUGGCUGUUCCUUUAAGGGUGCUGAAGGCAAGCCAGCUGGGGGCCAUCCCAAAGGAGGUGUCAGAGCAAGCUGUAAUACCAGAACAGGAAAAGCACAAAACCCAAACAGAGUCCAGUAGCUGCAAUACACACAGGAUAACCAGAAGACUGGGAAUACUAAAAGGAGGCUUUUCUCCUGGAAGUAAGGAAGGAAGAGCUCCAGCACAGAAGGAUGGCAAAGCCCUGCCACCCAUGGGCAGCAUGUGAGGAGCAGCACAAGCACCCUGCGAGCCCUGCGGAGGCAGCAGCUUCCCCCACUCACCUCCCAAGCUUUGUUGUAGAGGCCAUGGGCUGCUGGAAGCAAAAGAAAACCAACACAUGGGCUUUUCCCACCCUGAUCCUCUGCCUCUAUGGAUUCUUCUACAUGAUGAAACCAUCAGAACCUUUCUUAACACCCUAUCUAACAGGACCAGAUAAAAACCUGACCACAGAUGAGGUUACCAACGAGAUUCUGCCAGUUUGGACAUACUCCUACCUCGCUCUCCUUUUCCCAGUGUUCCUGCUGACAGACUACGUGCGCUACAAGCCCGUGCUCCUCCUGCAGGGCAUCAGCCUCAUCCUCACGUGGCUCCUGCUGCUCUUUGCACAUGGAGUGGUGGCCAUGCAGCUGGUGCAAUUCUUCUAUGGCAUGGUCACAGCCACCGAGGUGGCCUAUUACGCCUACAUCUACAGCGUGGUCAGCACCCAACACUACCAGAGGGUCACCAGCUACUGCAGGAGCGUCACUCUGGUGGCAGCCACCGUGGCCGCCGUGCUGGGACAGCUGCUGGUGUCCCUAGCGCACGUCUCCUACUUCUACCUCAACGCCAUCACCUUGGCUUCCGUGUCCCUGGCGUUCCUGUGCGCGUUCUUCCUGCCCAUGCCCCAGAGGAGCAUGUUCUUCCACAGGAAAGAUGCCCCUGAGCCUCUGCCAGGGCCCGAUAAAGGGCCGGCUGCGGGCGCUGCCCACGGGCCCCGGAGCUGCCGAGAGGAAAGGAGCCCCGAUGCUGCUGCCAGGGGCCCGAGCCCCCAGCCCCAGGCUGGGAACAGCAGGCCCCACAGGCACACGCUCAGCGUGCUGCUGCAGCUGGCCAGGGACCUGAGGGAUUGCUACGGCUCCCGCCCGCUCCUCUACUGGUCCUUGUGGUGGGCUCUGGCCACGGCCGGCUUUAACCAGGUCGUGAAUUAUGUCCAGGUGCUGUGGGACUUCCGAGCCCCCUCCCACAGCUCCCCAGUGUACAACGGAGCUGUUGAAGCAAUAGCAAUGUUUCUGAGCUCAGUAACAUCUUUCCUAGUACAAUAUAUAAAGAUUAACUGGGACCAUUUUGGAGAACUGGCUUUAGGGAUCUUCUCUGUAAUAGAUGCCGGUUGUCUGUUUCUCAUGCACUUCUCUACCAAUAUCUGGGCAUGUUAUGCUGGAUACCUCAUUUUCAAGGCGUGCUACGUGCUCCUCCUGACAAUAGCAACGUUCCAGAUCGCCGUCAACCUGAGCAUGGAACGCUAUGCCCUGAUGUUUGGAUUCAACAACUUCAUUGCCCUGCUGAUUCAGACCAUUCUCACAAUAGUUGUUGUAGACUCAAGAGGCCUGGGACUGGACAUAGUGACUCAAUUUUUAAUUUAUGGCAGCUACUUCGUAGUCAUACAUGGGAUUUUCAUGAUCAGAAGCAUUUGUGUGCUGGUUUCAUGCAAAUGCCAAAGGAAAAUAGCAAGAUCUUGCACAGAGCAGCUGAACCAAGCUGAGCACGAGUCAAGAGAGCAGAUUGUCACAAGCUACAUGACACGGCUGUAGGAGGCAGGCAGGCUGGAGAAGGUCUCCUGGGAGAAGGGCUCCCAGCAGGGAAGAAGAACAGAAUGCAGGGAACAGCAGUGCAAGAAGGUUCAACUCAGCCCUGGAAAGCUACACUGAAUCAUUCCAGCACUUCAGCACAACAUAUGCCAGCAGAGAGCUCAUCAGAAUGGCACUGUGCCAAGAAUAAAAGAUACGUUGCUUUAGAUUCUUAUUUAUAUGUGUAUAAAUAACUUAAGGGCAGUAAUUUAUACACAGAAUCAGAGCCCUUUACAUCCCCCCCAUGCACGGUGGCAGAGAGCAGAGUUCACCCUGCUGUGCUCAUUGUAGCUCCUGAAUGCGGUGCUGGCAAAGCUGCUUCUGUCACUUUUGCUGAUGCAGGGGCUGAAGGGUCUGACUCCCCUUCGCACAGCCCUUCUUCUGAACCAAGGAAGAAAAGAUCGUGGUUGCAUCAUUCGAUUCUGCCAUACCCAGUACAGGCAGAUGGGGGAAAGGCUCCUCCUGUCUCAUCCCACAGUUCUGUGCACACAGGCUGCAAAAAGCAGGGCUUGCACAACCCCUCCUGGGAGCUCCACUGGAACACUGCUACCUCACAGUUGUUGCUUGGCCCACAUUUGGGAACUACAAACACUGUACUGACUUCACAGCAACCUCUGCCAAGAAGGGAACAACUUAAGAGUCCAAGCAAAAUGCAAGAGCACCACUCCUUUGCUUUUGCUUCCAGAAAAAUUAAAUUCAGGACUGACUUUAAAUUCAGGUCUUCCUCUUUCAGCAGGAAAAGAAAUAAUAUCAAGGGGCUUAAGUAGCACAAACUAAAACCAGAGGAGGACAUUGUGGAGAAAUGUAGCUGAUUCCACACAGGAAAAUUCCAGAUGAAUAGGAAUAUCCAAGAAGAUUUAUAACUGAAACAAACAGCAUCAUGUGUGCUUUUGAGUGCCAAGUGAGGGAGGUCCACUUAUCAUGGCCAAGAAUCAGGCAGGAUCAACAUCUCAGAGUUUGUCAAGAAGCUUCAAGUCUCCUACAGCUAAUUUAGUCCAAAAGACAGUCCAGGAGAAGAAAAAAGAGACUAGAAAUGAGUUUGCAUAGUGAAUGUCUAAUUUAUUAUUAACUAUAUCCAUAUGCUGACUUUAUUCCUGCAUUGCUAUUUGCUUCUAGCUUCCAAUAUCUACAUCUAACUAAUAAAAACCACUAAGCAUUUACAGAAUAUUUUUUCCAGUAGAGACACAAGCCAUCACUUGUACAGACGUACCAGCUUUUCAUACCACUGUCACACACUGCAACUAGACAAAGUGCCCAGAGGCGAGGGCAGGCAAGGCAGAAGCAAUUUGUUUGAAGUCACAAGAAGAAUCAGUAGGAUCUGACAAAAUAAACCUGGCUAAUAUUUUUAGGCUUUUUGUUUACUACUGUGCAUUGUGGGGAUAUUCACUGUUAUAAACUGGAUCUAAGCAGAACAUGUUAACCAAUGCAGUCAUAAAAGUAGAUGUACUUAGUCUCCAGUGAGAAUUCUUUUCUUACUACAGAACUGAGGGCACAAUGCUCCUGCCUGAAGAAACAGGUACAGAAUCCAGGAGAGAAAGGACUAUUUUUACUAUUCUUGCUUGUGAGUAGCCAUCUUCUUUUGAGGCAUUCAGUUUAGAUCUAGGUGUCAGUCCUGGACUAGAAGUUAGAGUUUUUGUUUAAAUUAAGAAGAGGAACUUGGUGUUUUCAGCUCCAUGGUCUCCAACUGCCUUUGAUCCAGAAAGUAAACAAAUAUUUCCAUGCAAUAUCUGACAAAUGGAAAAGAAUCAACAACAUGUAAAACGUUUUGCUGUUGUUAAAAAACAUAACACCAGUAGUAGACUAUAGCUAAAAACAACCAGGUACAACGAACCAUAGAAAUUCUUAUGUUCUGGCUAGAGCUCACA